UUCUUCUCAUUUCAAAUCGAUCUUCACCUAAUUAUAAACAUAAUCCACCAACAAAAGAAAAUCUAAUCAAAUUACAAAAAUAAUCCUCCCAAAAAAAUAAAAAUAAAAAUGGUGUUAUUUCUGAAAUCAAAAUCCUCAACAAGAGUUACAGAUGAAAAACGAUGCGAAGAAAAUUGCAAGGAAUAUUAUUACAAAGGAGGAGAUGAGAGAGUGACGACGUCAGCAUGUACGUAUUUAACAGUUUGGAGGAAGUCUCUUUUGAUGAGUUGCAGUGGUUUUACUGUGAUUGAUUGUAAUGGUAAUUUGGUUUAUCGUGUUGAUAAUUACCGUGGUAAACCUGCUGAAAUUGUUCUAAUGGAUGCUUCUGGAACUUCCAUUUCAACUAUUUGCCGUCAUAAGACGCUGCGGUUAGUGGGUGAUUGGCUUGUAUACAAAGGUGACUCAAGAGAUCAAAACACCAACAGAUACCAGAAAAAACAGCCAAUUUGCUGUGUGAAGAAGAAUGUUAGCUUACUACAAGCAAAUUCUAAUAUACUUGCACAAGUUUUCCUGGGUACAUCAAGUAAGAGUCCUACAUAUGUGAUUGAAGGGUCAUAUGGACAAAGAUCAUGUAAAGUAAUCGAUAAAUCCUCGAAGAAGAUUGUAGCAGAGAUUAAGAGGAAGGAAGCUGCUAAUGGAUGUGCUUCGUUUGGUCUCGAGGUUUUCCACUUGGUUGUAUGGCCAGGGUUCGAUUCUGGGUUCGCAAUGACUCUAGUUUUACUGCUAGAUCAGAUGUUUAAUUAACUCAAACUAUAUAUACCAAAACUAGUUUGUUUCUUGUUUAAUUUGUUGGGUUUUAGAGUGCCCCUCUGGCUUUUGUUUCCAUGAUGAGGGCUGAUUCCCCUGUUGUUUUUAUAAAGUGGGAAUAUAUAUUAAUAGUCCAUUGUAAUCUACCUCUAAUUAACCUGCUAACCCAUCCUUAAUUGUGUUAGCUGAAUCUUCUUCAGCAGGCGUCAAAUGUAUACAAUUUGUGAUUUGCUUUUUUCAGCUAGUUUAUGAAAAUAACUACCUUUUAAGUUUCAA